AUGAAGUCGGACUUUUGUUUGGGUAUCCGGCAGAUUGAUGAAUACGCAAGUCUUCUGCGUAAGCUUAACAACGCCCACAAUAGUUCUGACAAGACAAAUCCAAUCAGUGAAUGUUUGCCAAUGAGUUGGAGAAGAGGUAUGAAGACUUUAAGGGCAAAGGAUGCAUCUAAGUAUGAUAAGCAAGAUCUAUCCAUUGUUCUUGGACAUAGUCAGUCAUUUUUGGAAGAAAAAAUAGUCUCGUCAAAUGCUCCUGCAAAGAAAUCUGAUUGUCAAAUUCCUACUGUGAUAAGUCCAAUGUCUGUCUCUGAAUAUUUUGCUAAAGCAAAAGAACGCAGUCUCCAAAGCGAGCCACAAACUUGUGAUUUGGUUGAUAAAAAGUCAGCCAAGUCAAUGGAAAUUAUCGUCCCGGUUGAUCAACACCCUACAUCAAAUUCUGUUUCAGUAAAGAUUAAUGAUAACGAAGGCUCCGAAUGUAGGAAAAUUGAAGAGAUAUCAAAUCACGAGGACGUUGAACUGAUCAUAACACCCAUAGAUCCUGAUAAAAAAAUAAGGCGUGUCGAAACUGUAAAUGCAGGAGAAAAAAAACGUAAAAAAGUAAGGUAUUCAACAGACCCAAAUGGGAAUCUUUGGGCUACCGAUCCCAACAAUUUUGGCAGAAAAAUGCUAGAAAAAUAUGGUUGGGCUCCUGGAAAGGGUGUAGGAAAAAACAGUAACGGUAUUGUAGCCCCUAUAAAGGCUUCCAUACAGAAAGGCACACGGGGGCUGGGUAUGAAGUCGGACUUUUGUUUGGGUAUCCGGCAGAUUGAUGAAUACGCAAGUCUUCUGCGUAAGCUUAACAACGCCCACAAUAGUUCUGACAAGACAAAUCCAAUCAGUGAAUGUUUGCCAAUGAGUUGGAGAAGAGGUAUGAAGACUUUAAGGGCAAAGGAUGCAUCUAAGUAUGAUAAGCAAGAUCUAUCCAUUGUUCUUGGACAUAGUCAGUCAUUUUUGGAAGAAAAAAUAGUCUCGUCAAAUGCUCCUGCAAAGAAAUCUGAUUGUCAAAUUCCUACUGUGAUAAGUCCAAUGUCUGUCUCUGAAUAUUUUGCUAAAGCAAAAGAACGCAGUCUCCAAAGCGAGCCACAAACUUAUUUGGUUGAUAAAAAGUCAGCCAAGUCAAUGGAAAUUAUCGUCCCGGUUGAUCAACACCCUACAUCAAAUUCUGUUUCAGUAAAGAUUAAUGAUAACGAAGGCUCCGAAUGUAGGAAAAUUGAAGAGAUAUCAAAUCACGAGGACGUUGAACUGA